CCUGCGAUUUCACCACCCAGCCAUUGAUGGAGGAAGAUGAGAAGGUGGUCAAGUCCGUCGUGGCGGGAACCAUCCCUUCGUACUCUCUGGAGUCAAAGCUCGGAGAUUGCAAGAGGGUAGUAGCUAUCAGUCGCGAGGUGCUGCAGAGGAUUACAGGGAAGUCUCUCACUGGUCUGCCAUUGGAGGGUUUCGAUUACGAGUCAAUUUUGGGUCAGUGCUGCGAGAUGCCAGUUAGGUACGUUCAGAUUCCAGUUGGGAUUGCCAGGCCUCUUAUGCUCAACGGUAGAGAGUUCUAUGUGCCAAUAACCACCACCGAAGGUUGCUUGGUUGCUGGCACCAACCGUGGCUGCAAAGCUAUCAACUUGUCCGACAGAGCCACUAGUGUGUUGCUGAGAGACGGGAUGACCAGAGAGCCUUGUGUGAGGUUCAACUCUACUAAGAGAGCUGCCGAAUUGAAGUUCUACUUGGAAGACCCCAAAGAAGAACAUAAACAAGGUUUUCAUUGA